AUGGUUCAGCUAUCAGACCUUCCAGUCGAAGUGCUCUUGGAUAAUAUUCUCCCGAAUUUACCCAUCGCCGACCUCUUACAUCUCGCUAUUACGAACAAGCUCUUUGCCGCGCUCUGCUCCGACGAUACAUUUUGGAAACGUAAAUGCCAGGAAGACUUUAACUUCACCGGCUCGGAGACAGCACGGACCAGCGGGUGGAGAUCGCUGUACAGGGGCCUAAGCCACCCAAGGGUCUUUGGGUGGGGAGAAAAGCGGAAUGGAAGGCUCGGGGUACGCGAGCUACCUAAGGACGUCAGAGGCGCUGGUAUACCAUAUCCUGUGGAGGUUAAGAUUCCUGGAGUGCGGAUUGUGAGCCUCGCGGCUGGUGGGAUGUGCUUCCAUGCACUCGACUCCAAGGGGAACGUUUAUGUCUGGGGUGCCAUCGAUGGUCAAGGCGGUGCUUUGAACAGCGAAGGUUUCGCGGUGAAGUACAAGGAAGCGCAGGUGCCACAUAAACUCAUCCUUCCUAACCCGGUCAGGAGCAUUAGUACGGGAAGAAUUCAUUCAAUGGUCCUGGAUGCUAAGUCCACCGUCUGGACUUUCGUGAACUGGGGCCGACCUUUCCGUCUCCUCAGUCCCCUCCUGGAUUGCCACGCUCCAGACACUACACCUCUCCAAAUCGAAUGCGGCUGGACAUUCUGCACCAUACUCACCAAAGCUGGUGAUGUUUUAGUAUAUUGGCCCUACAGUGGUGGUCUCAACCGUCAAAUUGAGCAAACUGAGACAGAUUUGAACCAGCAAGGCGAUAAGAACGCGUACCCCACAGAGGAUCAUUGUAUUCCAUGCGUCACCACUGUGAUUGAGGCAGAUCCGUUCAGGCUUCCGCCAAUACCUACAACCCUUCCAGACCUGGUCAACGGUCUUAGUGAAGAAGAGAGGGAUGCGGAGACGAGGUUGAUCAGGAUCGCGGCGUAUGACAACACGUUAGUCGGUCUGACGAAUAAAGGCCAUGUCUUGAAGUUUGCGAAUCUGGCGAACGAGAGAAUAUUCCGAAGCACACGAUGGGAAUAUCUACCGAAGUUCAGUGAACCAGCUUUAGUCCGUCAACAUCCUGGGUUCGAAGGAAAGGAUGUUCCGGAUACGAUGCGCAUUACCCACAUUACAGCACAUUUUCAAACCUUCGUCGCGUAUUCCACCGACUCUACUUCCGUUGUCCUCAUGGGCUCUCCAGACACCACACCUACGUCUGACCCAACAAUCAUUCCCUCACUCCAAAACCGAUCCGUCAUCUCCGUCGUACUAGGAGACUACCACUAUGCCGCCCUCACAUCAACGGGUAAGCUCCUUACGUGGGGAGCCUACUCCAAUGGUGCUCUCGGACUUGGGAAUCCAUUGGAUAUUCCCGCUGGUCAUCCUGGCGGAUAUGCUACGGCGGCUGCACUGGACAGUGCUCGCACUCGUCGAUGGGGUAUUCCAGAUCCGCCCAGGGUGGAGGAACCAGCGGAGGUGAAUUUCAACAGAGGGAAGAAAGGAGGGCGGAAGUUUGUAUUCGGGGCGACAGCGGCGGGGUGGCAUACCGGCGCGCUUGUGAUGGACUUGGAGGUGCGCUUUCUGACACAGCUCGAUAGCCUGUUCUUCACAUGA